CUUCUCUUCUCUUUUCUCACUCAACACAAUCACACUUACCCUUCUCUCUCCCUCUCUCUCUCUCUCUUCCAUAAACAAAACUCAUACACAAAAAAGUGUUUGAAGAAGAAGAAGAAUAAGAAUAAGAAGAAGCAAGUGAAGGAAGUAGCAGCAACCACUACCACCACAAUGUGGUGCAUUUCCACCACCACCACCACCACUACCACCUUCUUCUUCCUCCUCCUCUUCUUGGAGUUAUCUUACUCUCAACUCCACCACUACCACCAUAGGAGGAUCCUCCACCAACCCCUUCUUCCACAACCACAAAACUCAUCCCCCACCAAUCUCUCAUCACCACCAUCAUCACCACCCUCACCAUCACCAUCACCACCACCUUCUCCAAACCCAAAGUUCCCAUUUUCAGCAACACCCACUUCUCAAAAUUCUCCCUUUUUCCCAAUAUACCCUUCUCCGCCGCCGCCACCAUCUCCCUCCGCCUUUGCUUCUUUCCCUGCUAACAUCUCCUCUCUCAUUCUCCCUCACCCUUCAAACUCCAAACACUCCUCCCCUAAACUCAUUGCCGGAGCUGUAACCGCCGUUGUACUCGCCGCCGCUGUCUCCGCCGUCUCCGCUGCCGUGUACUGCCGUAGGAGGAGGAGGCGCAACCAGUCUGCCGAUGACAAGACUCUCAGAUCCGACAGCAGCAUUCGCCUCUUCCCCCGUGAGCCUCCCGGCGGCGGAGGCGGUGGCGGAGGUGGUGGUCGGAAAACCAGAAACCCUUCCUCCACCAGCUCCGAGUUUCUCUACCUUGGCACUAUUGUGAACUCCCGAGGCAUCGAUGACCGCACCGCCGGCACAGGUGGUGGUCGGAACAGCUCCGGCGGAGGGGACGCCAACUUGAAUCCUCGGAAAAUGGACUCGCCGGAGCUUCAACCGCUUCCGCCACUUGCACGACAGAGCUCAAGAAUGCAGCAACGAGAUUCCGGCACGACGGCGACGGUUACGGCGGCUGAUGAAGAAGAAGAAGAAUUCUACUCACCAAUCGCCGGCGGCCAUAGCUGCUCCGAUUCAAGCUCCGGCUCAUACUCCUCCUCCACCUCGAACUCGCCGGACCGAUCACACUCAAUUAGCCUCUCUCCGCCGGUGAGUAUCAGCCCCAGAAGAUCCCAACCGAAGUCGCCGGAAAAUCACAUUCCACCACCGACACAGCAGCAACAACAACAAACCCUAACCGGAGAUAACAGAAGCAGAAGCAGAAGCUCAAUCUCAUCCUCCAAUCUCUCUUCGCCACGUGUCCUUUCACCUUCACUGUCCCCAGCUCACAACACCACGAACUACACUCAAACGGCGUCGUAUUCAACAACCCCAGAAAGAGAACUUAACCAGUCACCGUCGCUUUCACCGAUUUCUCUCUCACCGAAUCGUUUGCAUCCGAAAGUCUCAAAUGGGUCACCGAAGAUAACGGAAAAGUCUCAAACUUUAUCUUCAUCACCGGAGAAAGUAAAGGUUAGUGAAACAUUUUCACCACAGAGACUAUCCAAUGCUUCUAACGGUAGUGGAAAGAGUAGUAGUGCGUUGUCGUCUUCGACUUUUUCGCUUCCUUCGCCGGAUAAGGUUACAACUUUGAUGCAUCAGAAUCAUGGGUUAGAUCAGUCUCCAACCAUUUCUGAUGUUUCAGAUCGGUAUAGGCAUUCUCCAAUUGCAUCAGUGCCUUUGUCACCAACUCUGUUGUCAUCACCGGAGAGAGAAUUGAAUCACGGUGGUGAUAAUAAUUCUUCUCAUGCCCCUCCACAGAGGAAGCAUUGGGAGAUUCCUGACCUGUUGACACCACCCAUUCCCGAAUCUUCAUCAGUGGAGAAUGUGUUUGGAGCAGCAGAUUCUGUUGUGGUUCCACAGAGGAAACAAUGGGAGAUUCCGGCGAUUCCGGUGAUUUCGGCACCUAUUGAUCCAUCUGGCAGAGUUUCAGCUCCUCCUCCGCCUCCGCCACCACCUCCUCCUCCACCGCCCCUGCCGCCUACGCUGCCGCGACAGCGUAAGCAGUGGGAAGUGCCUUCUCCAUCGACGCCUGUGGAUCAACCAAUUUCUAGGCCACCGGAGCUGACACCGCCUUCUAGGCCUUUUGUGUUGCAGACACCAAAUACAAAGGUUUCUCCGGUCGAGUUGCCGCCGAAUUCUUCUUCGGGUUUGGGGGUGAUUGAGGAGAAUUCCGAGGAGGCUUCUAAGCCAAAGCUGAAGCCUUUGCAUUGGGAUAAAGUGAGGGCAAGUUCUGAUCGUGAGAUGGUGUGGGAUCAGCUGAGGUCCAGCUCCUUCAAGUUGAAUGAGGAGAUGAUUGAGACAUUGUUUGUAGUGAACACACCGAACCCCAAACCCAAGGACACUACUCCACGCUCGGUCCUUGCCCCGCCACAUCAGGAGGAUAGGGUGUUAGAUCCCAAGAAGUCCCAAAAUAUUGCUAUAUUGCUAAGAGCACUCAACGUGACUAUAGAAGAAGUGUGUGAAGCAUUGUUAGAAGGUAUAACCGAUACACUUGGAACAGAACUGCUCGAAAGCUUGUUAAAAAUGGCACCAAGCAAGGAAGAAGAACGUAAAUUGAAGGAACAUAAAGAUGACUCGCCAACCAAGCUUGGUCCUGCCGAGAAAUUUUUGAAGGCAGUGCUUGAUGUGCCUUUUGCGUUUAAACGGGUGGAAGCAAUGCUUUACAUUGCUAAUUUUGAGUCAGAAUUGGAAUAUCUUAGGAAAUCUUUUCAAACUCUGGAGGUUGCCUGUGAAGAGCUGCGAAACAGCCGAAUGUUCUUGAAGCUUCUAGAGGCAGUGCUGAAAACCGGUAACCGCAUGAAUGUGGGGACAAACCGUGGCGAUGCACAUGCCUUCAAGCUCGAUACGCUUCUCAAGCUGGUUGAUGUCAAAGGCGCAGACGGUAAAACCACUUUACUCCACUUUGUGGUACAAGAAAUCAUUAGAACCGAAGGCGCUCGCCUCUCAGGCACCAACCAAACUCCGAGCACGACCACCAACGAAGACGCCAAAUGCCGGAGGCUGGGUCUACAAGUAGUGUCUAGCCUAAGCUCAGAGCUAGCAAAUGUGAAGAAAGCCGCUGCUAUGGAUUCCGAAGUUCUAAGCAGCGAAGUUGCUAAACUCUCCAAAGGGAUUGCACACAUCGCCGAGGUUGUGAAGCUAAACCAAACAUUAGGAUCAGAUGAAAGCAAUCACAAAUUCACAGAAUCAAUGAACAAGUUCAUGAGAAUGGCUGAGGAGGAGAUACUAAAGAUUCAAGCACAAGAGAGUGUUGCAAUUUCUCUUGUGAAAGAGAUCACUGAGUAUUUCCAUGGAAACUUGUCAAAGGAAGAAGCUCAUCCAUUUAGAAUCUUCAUGGUGGUAAGAGACUUCUUGAAUGUUCUUGAUAGGGUUUGUAGGGAAGUUGGUAUGGUUAAUGAGAGAACCAUGGUUAGUUCUAAUCAUAGAUUCCCUAUACCGGUGAACCCUUUGCUUCCACAACCUCUAAACCCUAUGCUUCCACAACCUCUUCCUGGUUUACAUGGAAAGAGAAACUAUAGUUCUUCAGAUGAUGAUAGUUCUUCAUCACCUUAAGCUUCAAACUAUGUUAGUGUCACAUCUUCGGCCACAUCUUUAUUUCGCCGGCAAUUGCGAGUUUGGAUUCUGGAAGGGAAGGAAUAGUAGAAAGGGCUCGAAGGGUAAACCAAAAUAUGUUAUACUCUUCGAACCCUUUCCUCCGAUCCCUUCCUUUCCAAAACCCCAACUCGCAAACAUGCCCUUAGAAAGCUUCUCGAAAAGAGGUUUGUUAUAUGUACAUACAUAGCAUGCGAUUUUGUGUCAACGUACAAUGCAUUCGCUAUCAGAUGAGGCGUAGAUCACCCCAUUUGACGGCGAAUAAUGUACGAGUUGGCACAAUAUCCCGCAUAAGAUGUACAUAUAACAUUUUUCUUUCAAGAAAACAACCUGGAAACAGGUGAUUUUGACUACUGGCCUUGGGUGGGAUGCUUGUAUGGUUUUGGCCAAAGUGAUAUUUUUUGUUUCCUUUGUUAAAUUGUAUAAAUCCAUGUAAAAGAUUUUCAGUAUUAUAUGAUAGAUUAUAUAUAUAUAUGUAGAUGAUUAAGAGUAGAGGAUUUUCUUUUUGGGAAAAAAUAAGCUUGCCUUAUAUGAUUGAGAUAUAUGUAUAUUAUAAGGUUGGUGUACAAAGAUUAAUAUUCAAUUAGAGAGGGUACUUUGCUGCAA